CGAACAGUGAACACGUAUUUCUGCUUUUUUCGUCACAAUGGAGCUUGAAAACGUGCGAUAUUUCGAAAAUAUUAAAUCCGCGAGUGUGUUUGAUAUUACCGACAUUGUUUACUGUAGUGAAACGGUGUGUAAUUCGAACGAUUCCAACACAUUGUCGAAGAAUCUGUGUGUUCAUUCGCAGGAUCAUAUGAGUGGUCGUUUGUUUCACAAUUCACCCUUGGAGUGCUCAAGAAUUCGGAAGAAACCAUUUAGAGACUCUACAAAGCGUUUUCAUUACAGAAACGCCACCUUUUUCUAUACGGGAAUGGCUUAAUCUCUUCAUAAACUCCGAUCGUAGCUUUAGCAUAACAAAGUGAUUUCGCUAUGAAUUUCCGUGGUCUCGACAGGCGCGAAAGGCGUAGCAUCCUCAACAGCAAUAUGUUCUUUCGUACUUUCCACUAUGGCAUCUCAAAUUACAGUACAGACACACAUAUAGAGAAGAAAACUGAAAUUGACGAUACACUUUUGAGCAAAAUUCGCUCUAUACCUGAUCCUUUGAAGAAGAAUUUGGCUGACACCGUCAUAGUCUCAGCAGAAGAGAAGGUAAAAGCUGCUAAAAUGUCCGUAGUCGACGAGAAUUAUCAGUAUCCAAGUUAUUCAGAUGCAGAAAACCUGGAAAUAACAUGUAACUCGAACCACAACAGAGGCGACUACAUGGCGAGCAUAACAGGCUUUAUGACAAGCCUUUUUGAUGCAAUAUCAGGCGCGGUAUUUACUAAGCGUCCUAAAUCACCUGAUGUACAAUAUUUUGAUUGCUGUGAUGCUGACAAAUCUCACGAGAUGCCACCACCGAGCAGUUGGCCGUCAUCCAAAAUUAAUGAACUAAAUAAAACAUUUGCUACAGAUAGUUGUGAAGUAAAUGACAAUAUGAACGACUCUGGGGCUGCUGUAGCCCAGUGUGAGACUAAACUAAAUGAGGUACGUAGGCUGCUCAGCUCAGAGUCUGUACCUAAGUCUUCUAAAAGUUCACAACCCUCAAGGCUUCGGCUCAGACGACCAAAAAAAGUGUUUGUGCAGCCAGGCUCGGUGCAUGAUAGCUACGUAGAAGAGUUUGAUACUGGUGAGUUUGUAAGUUUGGCGAAUGAAGAUUACAUAGAAUAUUUUGGUGUAAGUAAUAACAUUAAUGGUGAAAAUUGUGAAGUUCAAGCCUCUAACAUGAAGACUGAAUUUGCUCCUGAAAGAGAAACAAGCGCGGAUAUUAUUAAAUCACUGCCUCUGUCAGAUAAAGAAAUAAAUAUAUCAGUAUCAGAAAACAGUAAUUCACAUGAAAAUUCAAUUUCCCUUCAAGAUAGUGAAACUACAGAUAUUGUGAAAAUACUGCCUCAAAUUCUAGAAACUGACGUUAAAAGUGAAGUUUCAAACACAGCUGAUAAAAUUAUUUCAACAGAAAUUGUGAAUACUAUAACAACUACUCCGGAACGUGAAAACUCAAAUACAGUUACUGAACAAGUAACAAAGAAAGAAAUAAUAACAUCGUGUGAAGACAAAAUGGCAAGAUUGAAAUCUCUUCUGCAAAAUAGGCGUCAAAACAAAUGUCAUCGGACUGCAAAUGACAGCUCAUCUCAUCACAUUGCAGCAGAGCCUAAAACAACCAAUCUCGGGACGGAGAGUCUUCCAAACAUCUCCAUUACUGAAUGUACAAAAGAAGUAGUGACAAAAAAGCCACCAAAACCUAUACCCAUACAGAAACCAAAAGAUAAGAAAUUUAAAAACUCACACCGUCUUACAGAUAAGAGAAAGCAUUCCAGACUCAGAAAGGUCAUUCAAGAAGACAUGCUAUUCGCAAAUGAGAUUGACUCUGGAGAUAUAAGUGAUAAUACACCUAAGGUCCACAAUAGCAAAAUAUGCAAGGAUUCAUUUCAUAAUUGUCUGGACACAUUGAGUGCAGAAGCUUCUCCAAUGUCAAGGAGUCUCAAUCACUUGACUGAAACUCCUGCUAGCUCAGUAGAAAAUGACUAUUUCGAUGAAAUGAAAGGUCGCUUCUAUACAUCAUCAACUACGGAUAGUGAAGAUUCGUCCCAAAUUGUUUUUUCUGAGAGUCCAAAGGUAUCACGACUCCGUAGACCAUCAGAUUGUGACUCAGAGGACUCUUUCAUCGUCUUCGAAGACUCUCCAGAUAGCUGUUAUACAUCAAACGAUGUAUUCGGUGAUUCAGAUUGUGAGUCAGACGUGUCUGAAACAGAUUCUGAAUUGUCCGAUUCGGGUUGCAAUGAUGUUAGCAAGCUGUCACCUAACAUGUCUAGGACUAUUGGUGAUCUGACAGAUGACAGUUUGUAUGAAAACGAACAAGAUAAGGAAGUAACAAAAGAUGAGAUUGACUGCGCAGUAAGAACUUUUGAAGAAAUACCAAGUGAAGAAGUUGGUGAAGGAAAGCAUCCUGGACUGCUGAUUGAUGAACAGAAGAAGCUGAGGAGAAAGAACCAGCCGCCUAAGAAGGUGCGAUUCUCAGAGAAACCGCCGAAAGUGCGCGUGAUGCGGGUCUGGGCGUUUGCUGCGAGACAGGCGCGCCCUGGGCCAUGGGAGCGUUAUGUGCUUGACCGCGAGAGAUUCAAGAGGAGGAUCGCUGACGUCGACAUGGCUGUAUCAUGGGUGCUGAAGCCUCAACACCGGUCCAGAGUGAUGUUCCAACGAUUCAUGCCCUGGUGGAAUGCGCAGAAGAGGAAAGAACUUGCCGAAAAGAAAGAGGCAGAAAAGAGAAAGAAGGAAGAGGAAAUCAGACAAGAGAAAAUAUUGAAAGAAGAACAAGAAAAAGAAGCAAUGCUAUUGGAAGAACAAAUGCACAAGGGGUCUGAAGAAACAAAACACCUAGACGAAAAUGAUGAUCUUGGGGGAAAGGUUGAAGAAAAGAGACGAGAAGAACUAUUGAAUGAACAGAAAGAUUCCGGAAAACUACAAGACAAUGAAAGAGAUACUAUUGAUUACCAUGUGGGAAAGGACCUACAAGAUAAAAAAAAUCCUGAAGAACACUUCGAUAAAAUGUCUAUAGAAAAGAAAAAUAUAGAUGCUGAUACGAAACUUAAUAGUAAAAACCAGAUUGAAGUUACAGAAAUACCUUCAGACAGUAGAAGCGACACGGCACCAGUACACCAAGACGUGAAUAACCAAGUAUGUGUUAAACAAGAUCUGAACCAAAUAGCUAUACAAGGAACAACAUUGAAUCAAGAUGAUCAGAAUGUUAAAAGAGGUAAGCAAUGUAAUGUUAAAAACCAAGUCGAAAUAAACAAAGAAAAAAUACAACAAAAGAAUAUAAAACAAAAUUCUAGUACCACGAAACCCGAAAGUAACAAAAAAAAUUGUCUUAACAAAACGUGUAUAAAAAUUGAAAAUUACAAAGACGUAGUUAAACUUAAUAAUUUUGAAACGAAUGAUAUUAUCAAAACCGAUACUGAAAAUCAAAGUAAAAACAAAAUUAUAACUGUUAAUGAUUGACUGCGAUCUCAGUUUAAUUUGAGAACUCAAAAAUAGGCAAACGUUUUUUAACUUCCUAUGAAAACAGGACCUGCCGGAUGUCACUGUCAGACCAGGUAUGGUCUCAAAAACUGUAGUAACCUUAUCCUUCAUAUCCAUUCGUGUUCUUUCAAUAUUCACAAAAAAUGGUAUCUCUAAAUGGUAUGUCAAUUGAAAUAAUUAUAUUACAAAAUCUGUUGGGAGUUGUCAGUUUGUUUCAGCCAUUUCAUAUUUUGACGGAAAUUUUGACGAGUAAAAUAAUAUUAAGAAAAGAUCUUACUUCUGCAGUUAAUGUAUCUAAUUUGUGCCGUACAAUUUUUUUUUCAAGCAAAAGUAUAUCAACUUUCUUAAAACUUAAAUAUUGAAAAGGUUUUUCUAAAAUAAGUUAGUUUAAAUAAUAAAUUAUUUUUG